UUGCAUUAAUCAUCGUGUAGUAGUUAUUUGGUCGGUCAUGAGCGGGGUUCGUGUAGGAUCCAGAGGCCUAUUUAAUGCCCGUUGUCUUCGUCGCACUGCAACUUCUUUUGUAUCAUCAUCAUCACCAUCAUCACCUAUUUACUUGAACUCGACUUUCUGUUCACGGAUCCCUUCUACUUUUUCUUCUUCUUCUCUGUAUAGUACAGCUACAGCUGCAGCUACCACAAUGAGCCGCCCCGACAUCACCCUCUACACAGCGCAGACUCCCAAUGGAAUUAAGAUUUCCAUUGCGCUGGAGGAGCUAGGUCUCCCUUACAAAGUCGAGAAGAUCGACAUCACCAAGAACACCCAGAAAGAGCCAUGGUUCCUCGAAAUCAACCCCAAUGGCCGCAUCCCCGCCCUAACCGACACCUUCACCGACGGAUCCAAGAUCCGCCUCUUUGAGUCCGGCAGCAUCCUCACCUACCUGGCGGAACAAUACGACAAGGACCACAAGAUCUCCUACCCGCAGGGCACCCGCGAAUACUACGAACAAAACAGCUGGCUCUACUUCCAGAACGCCGGUGUCGGGCCCAUGCAAGGCCAAGCGAACCACUUCCACCGGUACGCGCCCGAGCGCAUCGAGUACGGCGUGAACCGCUACAUCAAUGAGACGAGACGGCUAUACAGCGUGCUGGAUGCGCACCUCGCCAAGUCCAAGUCCGGGUAUCUUGUUGGUGAUCACGUCAGUAUUGCAGAUAUCUCGCACUGGGGAUGGGUUGCUGCGGCCGGGUGGGCGGGAGUCGAUAUUGAGGAGUUCCCGAAUCUCAAGGCAUGGGAGGAGCGCAUGGCUGCUAGGGAGGGCGUCGAGAAGGGGAGACAUGUGCCGAGUCCGCAUACUAUCAAGGAGGUUUUGAAGGAUAAGGCCAAGGCGGAGAAGAUUGCGCAGGAGUCGAAGGGGUGGAUUCAGCAGGGGAUGAAGGCGGAUGCUAAGCACUAGUUGUUAGUUAGUGUGUUUUAGUUAGUGAUGAUGU